AGAGAGGGGACACCUGGCACGGGUCUCGGUUUCUACUCGGACGACAUUUAUGCGCGCGUCAAAACCGGAAAUGUGUUAAGCUCGUAAACAAUGCGAGGAUUUAAUAAGACUUUCCAUAAAACAUUUAAUAAACUGCGGUUAUAGUUUGAAUAAAACGCGGUUGAGAGUUUGAGUGAAAUGUCUAACGGUGAAAUUCUCAGAGGAUUUGUUACCGAGAGGCUCGCUGCCGCCUCCCAGGAAAUCUUAGCGGUUGUAGACAGAAUCGUAGCCGGUUACGAGGAGGAGGCUUCGGGCUUCAGGCUGGAGAUCCACCGGCAGAGGAGACAGCUGGAGCUUCUCCUGCAGCCUCGGGUCGCACUCAACAAAGCAGGUGUGAAGCGCAGCAGGAGCCUCGGCCCUGUUGAGGAAGAGGAGGGUGAAGAUGAGGAGGAUGAAGACUCGACUAAUCAAACUCCAUCAAGGUCCUUUUCCCCCAGAGGUCUGUAUAAGAAGAGGAAGCCUGGCAGACCUCAGAUCAGCGAAACACAGAACCACGUAGACCUCAGGAUCCGCAUCCUGGAGGACUCUCAAACCGAUGUGCUCUCAAACAAUGUUCUGAAGAAAUGUCCGAUGCUGAAGCUAAAGUGUCCUCGAGGCCUGCAGGAGGCAGAGUUUCUGGACUUGCUUGAGUCCACCUUCCCUCAGCUGUCCGCAGACAACAAACCUUUUGACAUCUUAACGUCCGACAGGAGACGGAGAUUACGGCCUCUGAAACUGAAGACGCUGACACCAGAGGAGAUCCAGAGAAACGUCGUCCGCACAGGAUGGGGGACGUCGACACUCUUUAUCAGACCGAAGACACAAGAGGAACCUCGGGCCGGCGAGGAAGAGAUCCGUCCUCUGCAGGCAAACGACGACAACGCUGGAGACUCUCUGUCCACCUCUGCCAUGUUGACGUGCGACGAAACCAGGCCUCAGACAAGCUGCCCUGUUCAGGAAGUCGAAGGUAGCAGAGUUGGCUUUGGGUCCAGCAGCUCAACAUCACAAGAGCAAGACAUGGAAACGGAGGAAGCCGGUGAUGAGGAUCAUGGGGUGUCAGAACCAGCUAAGGACUUUGUGUUCUGCUCUGCAGCUGAGAGUAAAGGGGACGGUAGCGAUGAUGUUGAAAAGGAAGAAGAAAGAGAAGAGGCGAAUGAAAGCGAUGAUGAUUGGAAACCAGACAAGAGCGACGAGGAGCUGAAAGAAAGUGACUCUGAACUGCAGUCAAGGACGACAAAGAAACAAAAAGCCCGACAUUCUGGUGUCAAGGCCACUGAGACAAAGACCGAUAACAGUGAUGUUGUUCUCUCCUGCAAAAUCUGUGGAGCUCAGCACAAAUCACAAGUCUCGUUUGUCAAACACGCCUGGUGUCACGUGGACGAUCCAGAAAGUCUCUGCGGAGUGUGCGGAGAGCUUUCAGAGUCCACGGAGGCGUUGAAGGAUCAUCUUCAAAGUCGCCACAAAACUGACGACUGUCACAUUUGCGGAGAGUCGUUCCUCGGUAUUCUCAGCCUCAAUGAGCACGUGGCUGCCCACUCGGGGGAGAGACCGUACGAAUGUGAUGUUUGCCAUGACGCAUUUGCAUUGAAGGUGUCCCUUGAGAAUCACCAGAAACUUCAUAAGGCGGGUAAGCUGCACAAAUGUUACACUUGCCAUAAAGUUUUUGAACUGAAGGAACAGUUAAAAGCUCACCGCAUGACUCACACCAACAAAAAGACGCACCUCUGCGGCGUGUGCGGUAAAUCUCUCAGCGACUACAGAUCUUUGUCCCGCCACAAGAUGACCCACUCUGGGGAUAGACCUCACAGCUGUCAGAUUUGCGGGAGGCGUUUUAAACUUCCUGGGACGCUGAGACAACACGAGAAGAUUCACACAGACAGAGAGAGGUCGUACCUCUGCGACGUUUGCUGCAAAAUGUUCAUGACAAGCAAGCAGCUGCAGAUCCACAUGAGAACGCACACCAACGAGAAACCGUACCACUGUGGCGAAUGCGGCAAGGGAUUCACCACCAAGGGACCUUUGACGAUUCACAUGCGGGUCCACACCGGAGAGACACCGUACCGCUGCCCGGACUGUGGCUGGUCCUUCAAACGAAAGAUUAAUCUGGAUAACCACGUGACAGUCCACUCAGGCCUCAAACCGUUUGUUUGUGGUAUUUGUGGGAAAGCGUGCGCUCGCAAAACGUACUUGACGGUCCACAUGAGGACCCACAAUGGGGAGAGACCAUACAAGUGUACCCUCUGUGACAAGGCCUUUACACAGAGCCACUGUCUGAAAACACACAUGAAGAGCCACCUGGUGGCAGAAGCUGCUACGUGACACUGGACCACUGGAUAUUUUUAUCCUCCUUUUUAAAUAGAACUGUGACAGUUUGAAUUAUUGUGUUUUCCUCUAUUUAAUAUGUUUCUUCAAGUUAUGUAAAGGCCUCUAUACGUUGUACAAUGGCAACAAACAAAGUUCAUUGCAUGUCACGCUCUGCAAGAUGGCUCUAAUAAAAUCUUGGGGGCAAUCUGUGUUAGUCUGUACAAUCUCAGUUUUGAGGCUGUCAGAUGAACCGUAGUGUUAUGAUAAACAUAAGUAGUAAAAAAACAAGACUAAUAGUCUAUGCUAGCGGCUCUGUGACACUGCAGCGGUGCUUUGAGUUAAAUGUUUACGUCAACAUGCCCACAAAAACAAUGUGAAAUAUAAUGCUUAUAUUAAGCCAAUAUAAUGUUUACAAAGUUCACCAUCUUAGUUUAGCGUGUUAGCAUGCUAAUAUAUGCUGAUUAGCGCUAAACAAAAAGUACAGCUGAUGCUGAUGGGAAUGUCAUCCGUUUUGCAGGUAUUAAGUCAUAAACCAAAGUAUUGAUAAGAAGAGAUCAACAAAGUUAAUAAAGUCCAUCUUGCGGGGAAAAUUAAUGUCUGAACCAAAUUUCAUGGCAAUCCAUUCCACUCGUUGUUGAGACUGACUAAAAACCACAAAUGUCAACCUCAUGACGGCCCUAGAGGAAAAUUCAGGGGAUCACCAAAUCCUUUAUGGGACCAUGGAUAUCUGUACCAAAUUACUCUGCUAUCCAUCUAAUAGUUCUUAAAAUAUUACAGUCUGGACCAAAGUGGUGGACCGACCGACAUUGCCAACAAUGGAGCCAUGCUGCUAGCAUACCUAAAAUGCCACAAAGGAGUGGGGAGUAAGCGGGCAAAUGACUGUAUGAGAUGUAGACUUGUGGCCUCAUUGUGUGUGAGGACAUGGCGGACACUGUCGGAUCACCGCACGCAGCAUGGAUAGAGACCUGCUUUUCCACGGUGCUAGUGGUCAGAGCUAACCAGCCAUGAGCAGCUACUGCCGGGCUCUCCUUGUCUCUGCUGGAAAGACAAGAAGUCUGGUAGGGGUUUUGACAGUCACUUGAAGCGCAUUGUUGGGACCACUGGCCCUCCAGAUGAAUUAGUUUGUUUGUGGGACUUUAACUGAACUUUUUAUGAUGAGACCGCAUGCUCUUUUGUUCUGUAAACAAAGGAAAGUAUUAGAACUCAGUUUCCCCCAAUCCUCCAGACUUCACACCUGUGAACUCACCCAGGCUCCAGCUAUCGUUGGUCAGUCUGACCUGUGACCUGUGAAGUCACCAGGUAUUUAAAAGGAUCAGCAGGCCACGGUUCUCUCUCUUUCUCCUUGCUCUUACACCCGGACCUGAUGAGUGACUGAACCUCGCCUCUCAGACCUGAGACCAGAGGUACAAAGUAGCUUAGCUCCCAGCGGCUAACUUUGAGGAGAACAACAGACGGAGCGACCGGUUCUUCAUCUGAUUGGUCAUGUGUUCCUCGUCUUGCACAUCAUAGUGGUCCUUUGAGAGUCUCCCGAAGUAAUACUGCUCUUUGGGCUCUACUUAUGUUUCCCUUGCAGAGGAAGGACUCUCCUGUAGCUUUUGGGGCGGCAAUAUCUCAGUCCGUAAGGACUACAGCUCGGACAACAGUAUGGAGUGUGGACUGGUAGCUGAAGAGGUGCUAGUUGCCCAUCACUCCACCAUCUCUCCACAUAUACAUGUCUGUAAGCCUUGUGUGUGUGUGUGUGUGUGUGUUGUAUUUUGGGCCUAUGUGUGUAAAAAGAAUUUCCCCAUGGGGAUUAAUAAAGUAAAUCUUCUUCUA